AUGACCACCUCUUCAGCCUUCUUUUCUUCUCUCCUCAACAUACCCACCUCCAAAAUCCCAAACAUGGACACCCCUCUUGCCAAAAUCAAAUACCCUUCAAGAAGAAGGACAUCUUUCACCCAUUUCCACCCCAUAAGAUCUGCCCCAGAUUCGGUUUCCAUUAUAGAUAAUCUACCGGCUGCUACCUCGUCAUCGGCCCCAAGCAGUUCGGCUACAACGACGAAUUCUGUAAUUCUUGACGAUGAUAGCGUUAAUGAUGACGAGGUGAAAAAAGGCGAGUCGAGAGUUGGGGUUAAGGUCAGAGUUAAGGUGCCACUGAAGGUUUACCAUGUGCCUAAAUUGCCCGAAUACGAGUUGACGGGAAAGGUGGGUGUAGUGAAGCAGUAUGUUGGGAUUCAUAAGGGGAAAAAGAUUUCAGCUAAUUUGCCAUAUAAAGUAGAAUUCGUGGCGGAUGAGGUAUUGGGGCGUGAUGGGAAGCCGGUGAAAUUCUUGGCACACCUGAGGGAUGAUGAGUUUGAGUUUCUUGACUGA